AUGGCGUGUUGGAGCGGACAGAGACAGAACGACAUGAACAAGGAUGCUGAUAUAUGUAGAACACAGUGGGAGAAACUGGGAUCGUGGUUCAUUGGACCGUCGGCUGAAAAUAUAGACGAAUUUUGUGAACUAGCCAUCGAAACAAUCAAGCGAAAUGGCAAACAACAAAACUACUUCCCAGACGAUAAAACAUAUAUUCCUGCGGAAAUCAAAUCGUCAAAAAUUUACAAAGCGGAAAUGGCGAAACUUAAAACGGAGCUGAAAUCCCUUAACGAUGCACUGACAGAGUCUAUUCCAUUGGCCAGUAUCAGGUAUCAGGGGCACAUGGUAUCUGAUACAAUUUUGUCAGCCAGACUAGGAUUUCUUUCUGCUUGGAUGACAAAUGCUAAUAAUGUGGCCACUGAGGUUGGUCUAGUGACAACGCAAUUGGAGAUAGAGGUGGGGAAACAGCUGUGUGACUUGUUUGGCUUUGAGUUGACAAAUGAUCCACGCGGAUACAUCACUACCGGAGGGUCAUCUGCAAACAUAGAGGCCUUAUGGGCAUCGAGGAAUGUAAAAUUCUUCCCAUUGGCGGUCCAAAACGCCAUAAAAAAUGAGGCGGAACUAGCAGGUGAAAAGGAGUUGAGCGUGUACAUUCCCAGGCUGGACCGAAAACAGAAGAUUUUAUCCACAUCAACAUGGGAUCUACUGAAUUUAAACCUUGAUGAUGUCAUCGCACUGCAUCAGGAAAUCGACCUGCUGACCAAAAACGACGAUAUUGAUUUCGCACACAUCAACAAAUACAGUCUGACCUACAAUGGUUUUGUUCAGUUCUUCAAAUUACAUAACUUGACCAGGGAGCCUGUGGUGAUUGCAUCCGCUGCCAGUCACCUUUCCUGGGAAAAGGCCGCGACACUUUUGGGUAUCGGGAAUCAUCAUUUGGUAUGCAUCCCCUUCGACAACAAAACUAGGAUGGAUGCCGUAGCUUUGCAGAAAAUCCUCGAGGAAUGCCUGGCUAAAAUGGUGCCCGUUAUUGCCGUCGUGUGUGUUAUUGGUACUACAGAGCAUGGAGCCGUGGACCCAGUCGAUGCUAUGCUGAACCUACAAGCAGAGUAUCGGACCAAGAACACAACAGGAGUCUCUCUGGCCGGAGAGAAGGGCCCAUUAGAGAUAACAGAGGGCCUAAAUUUUUACCUACUGGCAGACGCAGCGUGGGGUGGGUACUAUACGACCAUAAUAAGAAAUCCACCUGAAGAUGACCAGUUGCUACCCCCAUUUCCCAUCAACGACUACGUGCGUAAGCAGCUUUCCUGCCUGAAAGACGUUGACACUGUGACCGUUGAUCCACACAAAUCAGGAUACUGUCCAUAUCCAGCAGGAGGUCUGUGUUAUAGGAACGGGAAGAUGAAAUUGUCUCUGGCUUUCUCUACUGAUAUGCUGCAAAGCGCAUCUUACCUAAAUACCAACUGUUUUGGACUUGAAGCAUCAAAGCCAGGAGCGGCAUCCGCUGGAGUUUACCUGGCACACAGGGUGAUAGGGCUUCACAGUUCUGGCUACGGGCGUAUCCUAGGACAAUCAGUGUUCGGUGCCAAAUUGUUCUACUGUGCUUGGUUAACAGUGGCCAAACCAGAUGACAACUUCGUGUGCAUCCCUUUGAUCCCCCUUGAUGAAGCCUACGAGGAGGAUUUAGCGAAACAGUUCAUCCGAGAUAGAAUUCUUGGAAAAUCUUAUGGAGACCUUUCGCUGGAUACCGAGGUCAUGCAUUUCCUAUCCAAGAUCGGUCCCGAUUUACCCAUCAACGCCUUUGCUGUUAAUGUUAAGGAUAACACUCAUGCCGACAGAUGUAACCGACUCAACUUGGCAGUUUUGAACAUUCUGUCUCACACUGACUCCAAGAUAUCGACUGAGUCCGAUGAUGUGCUAAUAUUCCUGAAGAACACAGUUAUGAAUCCCUGGACAGCGGCUGACGACACAAUACAGAUGCUUCUACAGGAAUUCCGAAACGUUGUUACUCAGUGCAUUACAGAGGUGAGGGAUAUACUGAUGUCUUAUUUUGUUCUAGUUACCUGUCUGAAAGAAUAUGAGCCUCGAUGGAAAGCAUUCCCUCUUCGAGACACCAUGCAAGAAAGAACGAUAUGUCGCAUGAACUGA